AUGUCCACUAGCCUUGAGUCUACUAAACAUGUCAAGUUUCUGAAAAGACAUUUGCUCAUGUUGCCGUCUUCUCAGCAGUCGCACGAUGUGAAUAGAAUAGCCAUUAUCUUUUAUUCCAUUGUGGGAUUGUCAGCGUUAGGUGUAGAUUGUUCUCGAGAGUAUGCAUCUAGUAUCCCUUAUAUAUAUCAACACUACGUCAAAUUGCAAAUUCCCGGCUACGAAGAGGUAUUUUCAGGGUUUGUCGGUAGCUUGGCUACAAAUGUGUCAAAUACAUCCUGUAUAAGUUUGCCCAAUACUUUAUUCGCCCUUCUUACCUUAAGGAUAAUGAAAUGCGAUGAGUUCUUUCAAAAAACUGUGGAUAGAGAAAGCUUAGGGAAUUUUAUUCGAAAAUGUCAGUACCCAGAUGGAUCCUUCGCAUCUGUCCUUGAUAUGAAUAAACCUACGCCAUCACCUGUGGAUUCGACUGAUUUAAGGUUUUGUUACAUUGCCGCGGCUAUAUUGAGGCUGCUUGGGUGUGAGACUAAAGAGGACUUUGAAGAAUUUAUAGAUGUCGAUAGAGUAAUUGACUACAUGAUGACCAAAAAAUGUGAUUUUGGAGGUUUUGGUGAUUAUGGGGAGACUCAUGCUGGUUAUACAUCGUGUGCAUUGUGUGCAUUUCAACUAUUGCAUGGUCUCGAUAAAUUAGAUUCCGAAUUUAAAGAAAGAACCGUAGAUUGGUUGCUACAUCGUCAAGUUUCUAACAGCGGUACUGUGCUUUUACAAGAGGGUAAAAAUCCUUAUUACGAUCCUGAAGAAAAUGGCGGAUUCCAAGGUAGAGAAAAUAAAUUUGCAGAUACCUGCUAUGCAUUUUGGUGUUUGAAUUCACUCAAGAUUUUAGAUGAAAAUGAAUUUAAUAAUGUUUGUCGAGCUGGUUUGGCUCAAGAUUAUCUCUUAACAAAGACACAAAAUAAUUUAAUUGGAGGAUUUAGUAAAAAUGAUGAAGAUGAUCCAGAUUUAUAUCACACUUGCCUGGGGAUAGCUGUAUUACAAUUAAUGAAUGGGACCUUUGACGGAAUAUUUUGUAUCCCCAAACAAUUUGCUCCGUAA